UUUCAUACUGCCAGCACUCCAACGACCCAGACCCAAUCCUCACCGUCAAAUUCUUUUUCAUGGUCUAGAUCUCUCAACGUGGCAUCACCAUAUUUUUUAGAAAUUAUCGCCAUAAAAUUCUUCACUGUAGCUCAGAAAAUAAACCCUAGUAGCCUCCUCUCUGGAAAUAUGAAAUGAGGAAAUUUUUGAUGGAAAAAUUCAUUUGAAAGUUUGGGUAAAUCAAAAUUCAGAUUUUGGUGGGAAUCGAAAUUUGAGGUUAAUGUUAUGGUGAGAUUGGAUUGAAAGAGUAUGAUGGAAAAGAUUGUAGAAAAGUCUGGUUCGGUUAAAUUUCCUAAGAAAAAAGGAUCUUUGGAUCUUCAGAGCAUGUACAAUUCUAGGGACUCUGAAGAGGAACAAAAUGGAGCAAAGACUUCUGAAGUGUGUGACCUUCAAGAUGGGAAGAAGAAGAAGAAGAACAGGAAGAAUAGGAAAAGCCCAUCUCUGAGUAGUUUUGAGUCCGAGGCUAAGAAGAGCAGGAAAGAUUGUGGUAAUAGGGUGAUGGUGGUAUCGGGAUCAAGAGGAAAAACGACAAGUGAUAGUGAUUUGGAGGCUAAAAGGAGUACGGAACAUUGCGGUAAUAGCUUGACAGUGGGGUCAGGAUCAUGUGGAAAAUUAACAAGUGGCAUUAUGGGGUUUGACGGCUCGUCUCUUACUUCACGUGAAAAUGAGAAUGUUUUUAGGUUCCCGAAGCAUCCGCGGAGUUCAGUGGAGCCGAAGAAGCUUAAAAAUGAUCAGUUUUCCAAGCUGUCAGGAGUUUCUAAUUCUGUUGAUUUGGGAUCGGGAUCAAGUGGAAGAUUGACUAUCCACAGUAAGUCUGAGGCUAAAAAGGGUAAGGAAGAUUGUGGUAAUAGCACGAAAGUGGGGUCAGGAGCAAGUGAAAAAUUGACAAGUGGCAGCGAGGAGUUUGACGGCUUGUCUCUUACUUCACGUGAAAAUGAAUAUGCUUUUAGAUUCCCAAAGCAUCCAAGGAGUUCAUUGGGGCCGAAGAAGUUUAAAAGUGAUCGGGUUUCCAAGCGGUCAGAACUUUCUAAUUCUGUCGAUCCAGUUGUAAAAAUAAAUGAUAAAGUUAAGAAAGCCAAGGAUGAUGGCAAUCUGGAAGACCAAUUAGUUAAUUUAGUUAAAAGUUCUGCAUAUAAGGUUGAUAGUUCAAAAGAAAAGCAGAAAACAGUCUUUAAUAAAGUUAAGAGAAGUAGGAACAGUGGGAUGAGUUCAUCUCGGCAUGCUAAUCAAGAAAAUGAUCCAGUCAGUGUAAAUAAUGUUGAUACAUCUUCUAAAAAGAAACGGAUCAAUAAUCGGAAGAGGAAGGAUGUGGCAGCUCAUGGCGAUGGCAGUGGAUCUAAUGCGAAAAGGGCUGAUCCUUCAGCUGGUAGUUCAGUCUCAGGCAGCGUCUUUAUUGAUUUCCUAGAGGAUAAUGAUUAUGAUGAAGAGAGCCUCGAACAGAAUGCCGCGAGGAUGCUUUCAUCACGAUUUGAUCCAAAUUGCACUGGGUACCCUUCCAAUAAGAAAUCUAUCGUGUCACAGUCCACUAAUGAGUUCUCUUCUUUGGACUACCCUGAUAGGGAUUUAUUUAGUCGAGAAUCUAACUCAUCUACUCACUUGGAGUCUGCAUCAGCUGAUCUGGAGAACGGAGUACUUAGAAAAAAGAAAGACCAAAGGGGGAAGAACAAUUCGAGGAAACGCCGCCAUUUUUAUGAAAUUCUUCCCGAGGGAUUGGAUCCCUACUGGGUUUUGAAACGUAAGAUCAAAGUUCUCAGGCAUGAGGAUUGGCAUUCUGGCAUCGUGCAUAACUAUAACCCAUUACAAAAGCUUCAUUUUGUGAAGUAUGAUGACAGAUUUGAGGAAUGGAUUGAUCUUCAAAAGGAGAAAUUUAAACUCUUGCUUCUCCGAAGUGAGGUUCCUGGCAAGGGAAAACCUCAAAAAUCAUCUGACGGUGACAACAUAGGGGACACGGAGCCCAUUAUAUCAUGGUUGGCCCGUUCUGGUCGUACUAAAUCCUUGCCUAAUCCAUUGAAAAAACAGAAAACUAUGAGAAUGCUUCCACCCAUGGUCUCGCCAUCUUUAUCUGAUAAAAAUGAUAAUGCAAAUAAAGAUGUAGGUUUUUUGGAAAGAGGUAGAAGUAAGCUGGAUUAUGAUUUUAGAGUACCAGAUAAUUUAAUUGUUGGUGGAAGGCUUGAUGACUCUCUAGUGGGUGCUCGUAGCAGCUCACAAAUAAGAGUGUAUGUCAGGAGGCGUUCCUACGAGCAGGGUGAGAGAUUCUUAGUGCCAUCGAUUCUUAAUGAAGGUUUAGUUGUUGGUGAAAGGCUUGAUGAUUCUCUACUGGCUACUCCUUGUAGCUCCCAACACAGAGUGUAUGUCAGGAGGUGUUCCAACAAGCAAGGUGAAAGAUUCUUAUUGCGGACAAUUCAUGAUGACGGUAAGCUAAGAAUGAGUGACGCAGCAGUAGGAUCUAAACGAUUGAUAUGCUUAUCUUCAGUGCCUUCCUUUGAGUAUUCAAUUGGAACAUGGGAUCUUCGAUUGUCUCACUCUGUAUUGAUUCUUCAAUAUGGAGUGAUGGUGACAACGUCACCUGCUGUAAUCUUGGAGAUGCUCUUUGUUGAUAGUGUUUACGGGUUGAGGUUUUUCUUGUUUGAAGGCUGCCUGAAGCAGGCUGUAGCCUUUGUCUCCCUCAUCCUGACAGUGUUCAAUCAACCUAAUGAACGUUGGAAUGAUGACGCAGAAUUACCUGUAACCUCAGUAAGCGUUAGAUUUUCUAGUGUUCAAGAUCUAAAAAAGAGGCAUGUGUUUGAAUUUUACAAUUUCUCUAAAGUGAAAAAUUCAGAGUGGCUCUACCUAGACUCUAAGCUGCUGCGGCGUUGUCUGCUUAUUAAGCAACUACCUGUCUAUGAAUGCACAUAUAGUAAUAUUACAGCACUUGAAUGUGGAAGCUUCCAGUUAAGCAAACCUUGUGUUGGUUUGGAAUUGUCAUCGGUUGAGAAGAAUCAUGUCUGGCAGUCCAUGGGUUCCCGAGAAUCCUGUCAAUCUAGUUACAGGCAGGCUGCAAAACAUGGUAGGCCUCAUCCAUUUGGAAACCCUGAAGAUGCCACUCAGCAAAUUGUAGAGGAUUGCAUGCAAGUUGCAUCUCCCUCAGUUAGUACUCAAGAUAUACACGCCCAACGCAACUUUGGAACAGUGGAUGUUCAGAAUGGUAAGCCAACUAGCAGUGAAGUUACUGUAUGUACAUCCAAUUCCAUCACCUGGGCAAGCUCAAAUCCGACUUGUGAUUCUAGUUUCGGUGUCACAAGUGUCAAAAUUCCAUCUUGUGCUCAAGUUGACAUGCCUUAUGAUGGAAGAAGACAUAAUGCCAGAGAGCGCUCUGAUGUUGGUUGGAGUAUGAGUGAUGGCUUUGUUCACAGCCCCAACCCUACUCUCCCUAGAAGUUCUCGGCAUCAUGCUAGAUACAGAUCAAGUGCUUCGCCUUUUGGAAAUCUCUCGCCCGUAUGUUCCUAUAGGAAGACUAAAUCUAUGCUCAAUGACUUGAGCUGUGGACUGAAGAAGCCACCAAAUCAAAUUCAAUAUGCACUGUGUUUUGCAGAUUGUAAUGCCAAUAACCAGAUAACUCUACCUAGCAGACGAAUCAGGAAAGCUAGUGAGAAGAGUGUAUCUGAUUGCCCCAGGAGUUCCCAAAGGAAUUUGGAGUUGGAAUCAUGUCGUGCGAACCUGUUAGUCAUCGUUGAGGACAAAAGAUGGAGAGAACGUGGGGCACAGAUUGUCUUAGAACUUGCAGAUCGAAAUGAAUGGAGACUGGCUGUUAAACUUUCUGGCAGUACGAGGUAUUCGUAUAAAGUUCAACAUAAUUGGAAAGCUGAGUCAAGUAACCACUACACAAAUGUUAUGAUGUGGAAAGGGGGAGAGGACUGGCUACUGGAGUUUUCUGACAGGAGCCAAUGGAUGCUUUUCAAAGAGUUGCACGAAGAGUGCCACAAUAGGAAUAUUCGCGCUGCUUCUGUUAAGAACAUUCCUAUCCCUGGAGUCCGGCUGAUUGAGGAUAGCGUUGAUUAUGCAACUGAAGUCCCAUUUGUACAGAAUUCUUCAGAGUACUUCCACCAGGUUGAAACUGAUGUGGAAAUGGCAACGAAUCCCUCUCAUUUCUUAUAUGAUAUGGAUAGUGAAGAUGAACAUUGGUUAAUGUCCAAAAAAAAAUCUUCUUUCACAGAUAAGAAUGGUUUUGAAGAGAUAUCUGAUGAAUCAUUUGAGAAGAUGAUGGAUAUGCUAGAGAAAUUUUCAUAUGUUGAAAAUCGUUUGCACUUCACACUCGAUGAAAUUGAGGGCCUAAUGGUUGGCAUAGGGUCCAAGGAAGUAGCUAAAGUCAUUUAUGAGCACUGGCGACAAAAGAGGGAGAGAAAAGGCAUGCCUUUAGUGCGUCAACUCCAGCCCCCUCUCUGGGAGAGGUAUCAAAAGGAGCUGAAAGAGUGGGAACUUGCCAUCGCCAGAGGCAGCAAUGCUGUAUUGGUUGGUAACCCAGAGAAGGCAUCCCCUCCAGAGAAACCACCAAUGUUUGCUUUCUGUCUAAAGCCAAGAGGUAUGGACGUUCCCAAAAAGCGUUCAAAACAACGGUCGAAGAGGAAAUUUUCAGUUUCUGGAUACAAUCAUAUUGUCUCAGGGAGAAGAUCACGUAGAGUGGCUCUUGGGGAUAACAAGGUUGUGUUCCCGCGCAAUGUUGCUGAAUCUAUUGAUGCUUUGUCGUCACCUCAGACUACGAAAAGGGUACUGCCUCGACGAGAGGCUAGUAGACUUGGACGUUUCUCAUUGAGCGACGACAUGUUUGAGUGGGAUUUUCGUCCUAAAACUUGCCAGAAAAAGACGAAGAAGAUCCAGUCAUUUUCUUCCUUUAAUAAGCAAAUGAUAGCUUCUCACAGCCAAAGAUCGGCGGCGAACAGAAAUGUUUUACCUGACGAACCAAAUCAGGAACAUCAAUAUUUUGAAGGAUCCCACAAUCCUGGGUUGGAGCCACUGGAUGCAUCUACUGCGGCACAACAUUUACGUAGUAUGGCUGAGCUCAAGAGAGAUAAGGCAAACAGAUUGUUCUAUCAAGCUGAUGUAUUUACGCACAAAGCUGCAGCUGCUCUCUUGAAGGCAGAUGUAAUCAAAGCUGCUGCCGAAAACUCAAAGGGCAAUGGUUAAAAUGAUCAAGGCCCCCGAUUUGGUUGUUGUUCGACCCCUAUCCUUGUCAAUAAAUCCCUAGCGAUAUCCUAAUAUGAUGGCUUGAGCAGUUACUAUAGUGCAACAACUAUAUUUUGCCUGGUCAUCAUUUGACGUUUUCAUUUUCAUACCAGUUUUGGUACAUACAUCCUAGCCUUUUUGUGCACUUGGUUUUCAAGAUUUGGGGUUACAAACUUUUAGUUAAAUGCGACUUCUGUUUUGUUUGUGCCUGCAAUGGGCGUGUGGAAUUUUGGGUGUCAAAUCUUUGUAUGCAUGGUUUUUACCUUCCUUUUCCGUUCUUUCUUU